AUGGAUUUAACAGGUAGACAAAUGAAGGAACAGGUUUCUUCUACGUUCUCCCUUCUGAGGGUGGCUCUUAUGCACGUUCUCCCUUCUGAGGCUAUCCAGGUCACCGCCUCGGGAUCUUUAGUUGAGAUCUGUCUUACCGGUAACAUCAUCUCUCUGUCUCUGUGUCGGCCUAAAACCUUGUCUCUAGGGUUUAUCAUUUCCAUGGAGAAACAGAAUCCUCAGCCAGUCUGCGGCCAAGAGGCUCUCCUCCUUCUCAAUUGCGUCACGGAGUCUCCGUACGAUUCAGAGAAAUGCAUCCGGUUCCUGCAAUCUCUCAGAGAAUGUGUUCUCUCAAAGAAAGUUAACAAGUUCGUGAUACCGAGUCAGGAACAUGCCAGUGAGGGAGCAGGAGGCUCAGCUACCAAGCCACCUUCAUAACCUUCUUUGUUUCCCAUUUCUUUUGAGAUGUAAUCUCACAUACUUGAUUUCAUAUAAGACUCGGAACUAGAGGUUGGUUUCCAUAUUGUAGCCAUUUUGUAUGUUGAAAACUGGAAGGAGCUAAAGAGAAAUAUUCAAGUGGCUGUUUGUUUCUCUGUAAACUACUUUCUGAUGCGAAAUAAGUUCAGACAA